AUGCACCGCGUGGCUGCAGCAAUCGCGGUUGUCGUCAUGGCAGCUCUGACAGUCUGGCACGAAGCACCCGAGGGCGAGGUGGCGGAGGCUGGGCGGCUGGCAUCACUGAGGCCUCUACGAAGGGCAGGGAAUUCCACUCCUACCACGGCGCCCCCCAUCGCCAAACCUCCUGUAGGAGAUCUCAGGCUCAAGGAUCCUGUGCGAGUAGGCAAGUGGGCAGGGAUAAAGGAUGGCUCCAAGAUGGCCUCCCCUUGCCUCCAGGUAUCCUUCGCAAACAUGAUAUUAGGCCAAACUCUUUCUCCAGAUGAAAUGCUUGGGGACGAGGAUUGCCUUUACCUCAAUGUCUUCACACCGAAGCAGAAAAAAGCCGAAGAAAAGGUCGCUGUGAUGGUCUGGCUGCACGGCGGAGGGUUCUUCAGUGGAGGCGGCCAUGAGUACCUUCCGUACGUCCUCAUGAAUCACGACAUUGUGCUGGUUGUCUUGCAGUUCAGACUCGGCACUCUUGAGGAAGUAGGAGGGGGGGGGGGAUUCAAGUGGAUCUUGGGGUGUGCAAAGUCCAUAGUCAAGUGCUUAAAAAGACGUAUGGUAGGCCCUGUGGCGGGUUUAGUGCCGAAGGGGUUUUUAUCCACGGAGGAUGAAGUAAUGCCCGGGAACUAUGGGAUGAAAGACCAGGUCAUGGCACUCCGCUGGGUGCAGGACAACAUCCACAGCUUCGGGGGAGACAAGGACAGGGUCACCAUCUUCGGGGAGAGCGCCGGAAGUGUGGCCGUCCACUGCCACAUCCUGUCACCCUUGUCGAAGGGCCUGUUCACUCGUGCCAUUCUGCAGUCCGGAACCGCCAUCUCCCCCGGCGCCCUGAGCGAGAGGAGCCGCGACGCCGCCCUCCGCAUCAGCCAGAUCCUUCGCUGUCCAGAAAGCACCCGGAGUGAGGACCUUUCCCGCUGCUUCCAGGCAGCCGAAGGACCGGAGAUCGCGGCCUCAGUACAGGAUCUCUCUGAGUGGCUAAUUCUGCCGCGGCCGAUGACUCCUCGCGUGGACGGCGCCUUCCUCCCCGACAAACCGGCGACCCUCAUGCGUCAAGGGAACUACAGCCGUGUCGACAUCAUGGCCGGAGUCACCAGGGACGAGGGAGGGAUGGUGGCAAACCGUUAG